CCCGGUCUCAGCGCAUUGCUUCACACAAACACAGCUCGAUCCCAUCCUCCGAUCAAUCACUCCAGCUCAGUCCUAGCUCUAGCUAGGCAACUAGCCACUCUUCGCGUACUAGUUAACCUUCAGAUCAUCACCAAUGGCCACUGCCGAGGUCCAGACCCCGACCACUGUGGUGACUGAGGAGGCGCCCGCGGUGGAGACCGCGCCGCCGGCCGUCGUGGCCGAGGAGACUCCCGCACCGGCCGAGGAGGCUGCCCCCGCCGAGGUCGAGGCCAAGGAGGAAAAGCCAGCUGCCGCGGUCGAAGCGGAGGCGCCCAAGGAGCCCGAGCCUGAAACUGCCGAGCCCGAGGCCAAGGAGCCGGAGCCAGCCGUGGCGGAGGCUGAGGCAGCGGCAGAGCCGGCGGCGACUGAGGAGGUGAAGGAGGAGGCAGCCGCUGCUGCCGAGCCGGAGCCAGCAGACGCCGCGCCAGAGUCGGCUGCUCCUGCUGCCGAGGCACCGGCGCAGGAGGAGGCACCCGCCGCGGCCGAGCCAGCUGCAGCGGAGGCCGAGAAGGCCAGCGAGUGAGGCCGCGCGCCCGAGCGCGCACGCGCCCAGGGAGAUGGCUCGGCGUCGCGUGCCCUGUGCCGUGGCGGCGUGGCACGGCGGUGGCAUGGCAGCCGCGCACGUACAUGGCACGGGUUCGCUGCUUAGUAUGCUACGGUCACCGGUGUGUGCAGUAAAAGCUUAGCUGUGUUGUUUUGGCCUGUUGGGUUGCGAUGACUGGAGUGGCGUGGGCUAGAAUAAAGUGUGUCGCGGGUCGUGGGGCCCAGUGUCAGUGACGCGGACCCUCAUGCCUGCCGUUGCAGCUUGUGUUACUUGUCUGUUGGUUCAUGUAAGGAUGUUAUGCUUGUGUUAACGUUUUGAUUGGUUCCACUGCGUCAUGUGAUCUGAUCUGGAGCUAAUUAUCCAUCAGUAAACCUGCGAGCUCUUUUUUCUUUUUC